GGCGGGUUCGGGGGCGGUGCCCUCAACCCCGGGAGUGUCCGCCCCGCGCCGAGCGAUGACGGAGCCGCCGCGCCGGGAGUGACGCUGCGCGGGGUUGACAUGGCCGCCGCGCCGGGGCCGCGCUGAAGGAACAGGACAGGAGCUGAGGGAAGUUGGGCUCUGGAAGAGCUGCAGGACAGCAUCCGGCGAAGGCAGGGAUCUGCAGCUGUUCAUGUUUAGGAGGGACUUGGACCAUGCAUGGCUUGUGAGAACCUAACUUCUCCGGAAACGCAAUGUCCCUGCUCUUUACUCGUUCCAACUCAAUAGUUGCAGUGAAGAAGGAUAAAAGACACAUGGCUGAGGUAAAUGCUUCUCCGCUUAAACAUUUUGUCACUGCAAAGAAGAAAAUCAAUGGUAUCUUUGAGCAAUUGGCUGCGUACAUCAAUGAGAGCGCCUCAUUCCUGGAAGAAACACACAGGAACAUAGAGCUUGAUCCUGUCACCACAGAAGAGCAGGUGCUGGAAGUCAAAGGCUACCUGUCGAAAGUCAGUGGCAUUAGUGAAGUGUUGGCCAGGCGACACAUGAAAGUUGCUUUUUUUGGAAGAACAAGCAAUGGCAAAAGCACUGUGAUAAACGCCAUGCUGUGGGACAAAGUCCUUCCUUCAGGAAUUGGACACACCACUAAUUGUUUCCUGCGUGUGGAAGGGACAGAUGGACAUGAAGCUUUCCUGCUUACUGAAGGCUCAGAGGAAAAGAAAAGUGUUAAGACAGUAAACCAGCUGGCUCAUGCCCUUCAUCAAGAUGAACUUCUGAAUGCUGGCAGCCUCGUUAGUGUAAUGUGGCCCAAUUCCAAGUGUCCUCUCUUAAAAGAUGACCUGGUGCUGAUGGACAGCCCUGGAAUUGAUGUAACCACAGAGCUGGACAGUUGGAUUGACAAAUUCUGCCUAGAUGCUGACGUAUUUGUCCUGGUGGCAAAUUCUGAAUCAACAUUGAUGCAAACUGAGAAACAGUUCUUUCACAAAGUGAAUGAACGUCUGUCUCGACCCAAUAUAUUUAUUUUAAAUAAUCGCUGGGAUGCAUCUGCCUCUGAACCGGAGUAUAUGGAAGAGGUGCGUCGACAGCACAUGGAGCGGUGUACCAGCUUCCUGGUAGAUGAGCUGGGUGUGGUGGAUCGAACCCAGGCAGGGGAUCGAAUUUUCUUUGUGUCAGCAAAAGAAGUGCUCAAUGCCAGGAUUCAGAGGGCUCAAGGGAUGCCAGAAGGAGGUGGAGCAUUGGCCGAUGGGUUUCAAGUUAGAAUGUUUGAGUUUCAGAACUUUGAGAGAAGAUUUGAGGAAUGUAUCUCACAGUCAGCAGUAAAAACAAAAUUUGAACAGCAUACAGUGAGAGCGAAGCAGAUUGCGGAGGAUGUUCGUCUCAUCAUGGAUUCGGUGCAUAUUGCUGCCCAGGAACAGCGGGUUUACUGUCUGGAAAUGCGAGAGGAACGACAGGAACGUUUAGGUUUUAUUGACAAACAGCUGGAGCUCCUUACUCAUGACUACAAACGGAAAAUAAAACAGAUCACAGAAGAAGUGGAGAGACAGGUUUCAAAUGCAAUGGCAGAAGAAAUCAGACGCCUCUCAGUGUUGGUAGAUGAAUACCAAGCAGAUUUCCAUCCGUCUCAAGUUGUUCUUAAAGUUUACAAGAGUGAGCUGCAUAAACACAUUGAGGAAGGCCUGGGCCGUAACAUGUCAGAUCGUUGCUCCAAUGCAAUCACAACUUCCCUGCAGACAAUGCAGCAAGAAAUGAUAGAUGGUUUAAAACCCCUUCUCCCGCUCUCUUUGCGGGGUCAGAUAGACAUGUUAAUUCCCCGACAGUGCUUUACGCUCAGCUAUGAUCUGAACUGUGACAAGCUUUGUGCCGACUUCCAAGAGGACAUAGAAUUCCAUUUCUCUCUUGGAUGGACGAUGCUAGUGAACAGGUUUUUGGGACCAAAGAAUGGUCGUCGGGCUUUGAUGGGCUAUAAUGACCAGGUUCAACGCCCCUUAACACCAGCAAAUCCCAGUCUGCCUCCUCUGCCUCAGGGCUCUAUGACCCAGGAAGAGCUUAUGGUGUCAAUGGUGACUGGACUGGCCUCAUUAACUUCUCGAACUUCCAUGGGAAUCAUCGUGGUUGGUGGUGUGGUCUGGAAGGCUGUGGGUUGGAGACUGAUUGCUCUCUCUUUUGGCCUUUAUGGGCUCCUUUACGUAUACGAGCGCCUCACCUGGACGACAAAAGCGAAAGAGCGAGCUUUCAAACGGCAGUUUGUAGAGUAUGCAAGCGAGAAAUUGCAGCUCAUUGUCAGUUAUACAGGUUCUAAUUGCAGCCACCAAGUCCAACAAGAGCUUGCUGGAACAUUUGCUCACUUGUGUCAGCAAGUGGAUGUGACACGGGAGAAUCUCGAACAGGAAAUUUCUGCCAUGAAUAAAAAAAUUGAAAUUCUGGAUUCACUGCAGAGCAAAGCAAAACUGCUGAGGAAUAAAGCGGGUUGGCUUGACAGUGAGCUCAACAUGUUCACACAUCAGUACCUGCAGCAAAGCAGAUAGUGCAGGAAGAAGAGAAAAACAACACUGUUUCCCUUCAGUGCUCUCUUAAUUACUGCAGAGAACAUGGUGGGUGAUGGAAUUCCCGAAAGGGAAUGAGCAAAAACGUAUUGCUACGUUUCCAGUAGGAUUCUGCUUCCCCGUUUUGUGUCCCACCUCUAAACACUAGCUGUUUAUAACUCUUCUUUUUCCUCCCUGUGAGAUCAGGCUACUUCAGAAGGAACGUGUGCUUCAUACAUUUACAAGGGACUUUAUAAAGCAAAAUCAAGUAGAGUAACAAAUUUAAAACAAACAAACAAAUAUUUAUCAGGUUAAAAGUUAUUCUGACAUGUCUUCACAGAGUCAUUUGUUUUCUUACGUGAAAAUAGAACUUUUGAUGUCCAAGCCCCAAGGUUAUGUGUGCUCUUUGCCUAAACACGGAUGCCCUGCACACAGACGUGAUGAUGGUUUCACGAGGCAGUUCUAGCCCAUGCAGGCCUAUCUCCUAGGUUAAUAUUCCAUUAUUGUAGGACUUGACAGAGAAUCACUGUGUGAAAGAGAGAGGUUUAUUACUGUCAGUAUGUUUAAACCUAUGAAUAAAACCCAGUUCUCUUCCAGAGCAAGAAGGACUAGGGUUUUGGUUUGCUUCGGAGUUAGUUUCUUCCUCUUAAGAGCUCUUUAAUAGUGCAGUCUGGCCCAUUUCACAUCAUGGAGAAAUAGUUUGCAAAGACAUAACUAGCUCCUGUGAAGGAGAUAGUGCUGAUAAUUUGGCAACUUGUCAAGGAAGAAGAAUAGAAAAGAAAAGCCAGGUGACAGAAUGUAAUGAACUGCCUUAUGGGAUAUGUUGAUGAAUGUGGGGCUGUUUUGGAAAUGCACAGCUGUGUUAUUGGAAGUAGGCCUUCGGAAUUUCAUUACCACUGUUUGGCCACAAGAACAGCAUGUGGAUCACAAGUUGUAAGAGAUUUUGCUUCAUGUAGAGCUUCCAUGGGAUGUUACAGUCCAUGCAGUAAUAUGAUUUGAUGUUGUUUCUCUUGGGUUAAAAGUACAAGAAUGACUUGACAAGUGCAGCUUCUGUGGUGCAGGGGGAGACUUCUCCCUUGUAUUUCAUGCCAUGACAAGAAUGGGUUAAGGCAACUGAAUUUUUUAAGACAUUAUUUAUUGUAAGUGGAUGAAAUUAAUCAUUGAGUUUUGGCCUGAAGCAUUUUGAAUUUGGUGUAUAAGAUUUGGGAAUGGUAAGGACUUGAGUCUCUUCCUGUUGGAGUUGAUAGAGGAGAAAUUCCCACUGAUUUCAGUAGCACCAGGAGUAGGUUCCUGUGUUGCAAAGUUUCUUUUCUACUUGCCAUUGAUAAAACCUUUCUCUUCUCCCCAAAAUGUCUGAGAAAUCCAGAAUCAUGUCCAAUAGUUUUGAGGUUUGUGACAACCUAAAGCUGGUCAGCAUUAAACUUUAGAGAAUAUGGGCUGUCUUUGAGUAGGACCCACCUGCAUUCAGCUAGUAAGUGUAGGGUAUUUUUCUUACCAAUAAUGAGAUUUUUCACUGGAAAAUUAUAUCAGCUGGCCUUGGGAUUUCUUGUUCAUGCUGAGGUCUGAAUAUAUGUGCCUGUGACAAGUCCCCCGUUUUGUGUGUUGUGAAAGUUUCAGAAAGAAGCAGCUGUAUGAUGUUGGAAGGAGUAAAAAAAGUGAAAUGUCAGUAAGUAUUGUAGGCUAUUCUAAGAUUUGCAGUAAGACUUGAAGUAUCUGGAUCAUGUAGGAGUUGGCAGUGAGACUCCGGUUAUGUCCCUGGAAUGCAGGAAGCAAACCAACCUUUCACUUGCACUAGACAGCUUUGAAUCCAAGCCAAAAAGAAACGCUUCUUUCAUUACUGGACUUCAUUGGCCUUGGUUGGUUUCCUUAGGAAACCACCAGGACAUAAGUGUGGCUGGGAUCAGAUCUGAGCAUGAGUAAGAAAGAAAUUUGAGUCCUUGCCCUUGGAAAUGUGUUCUCUAAGUCUACAGUGACAUAUAAGUGGAAUCAUCCACUGUAUUCUGCUGCAGAUAUUAUGUGAAUAGAUUCAGAUCUCUAGUCUCUCAAGCUAUGGUGUAUGUAUUUCCGAUAGGGUAUGUGCUGUGCUCUUGAGUUAAAACAUUGAGCACGUCCCUAAUAGACCCGCAAAUUGUCAGUUCCAAUAGAGGGAGAGGAUGAUACACUACUGCUCAGCAGCUCCAGGCUACCUGAAAUGCUGACCUUGCUCUUGAAGCUGUGCGCUGUUAGCAUCUCUUCAGCAGGCAUUUAGGGGAAAUCUGAUCUGAAAUGAGCUGAUCUUUAAACCAGUGUCUGGUCUGUAAAGGGAAAAAGAGAUUGAUGGGUUCUUAGAAUCUGAUGUGUUGCCAGUGUGUGUUUUUGUUCAGAUUUUGGUGAUGUGGGCAUUCUCACUGCAGCGCUAAAACUGAACACAUAGAACCGGGGAAAGAACCACCUGCAUUUUUUUAAGCAAAACCACUAAUAUGGGAGAGAAGAAUUAAGUACACGUGUAACCCUUGUCCCUAGAAGCCCAAGUGAUCGAGAAUCAAGCUUUUAACUGAAACACCUAUGAGCUGGAUUCCUCUUAAACACAAUACAGCUGUAACUCUUUAAUCCAGAGUAACGGAGGAGUGAACACUAUCAGCAAGGAGCCUGUUCCCUUCUGUCUUUUAUAAGGAAUUUUAAACUAGUCUUUGGAACAGGUAAUUCCAAAACCAGUCUUCCCCAAACUCUUAUUAAAGAAGGACAGCUAAAUGCACUUUAUCUUAUUGCUGCUAUUUAUUUUCAUAUUGUGUUUUGUUGAUGGAGCUCUUCAAAAUACUCUUACAGUGAGUUUUAUCUCUGCUGUAUUUAAGGUGAUAAAUUUGCAUGAAUUAUUCCUGUAUCGAUGCUGUAAACAAUGGAAACCAAAAUAAAAAUGAAUUGGAAAAGUAUUGCU